AUGGCCGAGAAAAGAAAGUCUUUGAGUGUUGACUUCAAACGUAAAGUUUUAAAAUUCAUAGAAGAAAACCCUCAUAAGAAGAAAGUGGACAUUGCAAAGGAAUUCAACAUUCCACCAACAACUCUUUCAACAAUUCUUAGAAAUAAAAACACAUAUGAAGACGAAGGUGGACUUUCUGGUCAGUGUAAAAGGGCUAAACCAGCCGAAUUACAGGACGUUGAAACUGCUGUCAUGUUAUGGCUUAAACAGUGUCGUGACAAAAACGUAUCCAUUUCGGGAGCUAUACUUCAGGAAAAAGCUCAACAAUUUGCCGAACAGUUGGGCCAUAAUUCUUUUCGAGCAAGCAAUGGCUGGUUGGACCGCUUCAAGAAGAGGAAUGAAGUACCUUUUAAAAAAGUGAGUGGUGAAAGCGGUAGUGUUGAUGAUGCAGUGUGCGCGGAAUGGAAGAAAAAACUGAUAGACUUGACACAAGGAUUCAAUGAAGAUGAUAUUUACAAUGUAGACAAAACAGGCUUAUUCUUCAAAUGCCUACCAGACAAAACUUUGACUUUCAAGGGUGAUCCCUGCAAUGGAGGGAAAAACAGCAAGGAACGGCUUACGGUGAUGCUUGGGGCUAAUGCAUCAGGUACACAUAAGCUGAAGCCCUUAAUAAUCGGAAAAUAA